AUGGAUGUUCUCCCCAGCAGCCCCUUGGGAUGGCUCUGUGUGGCCGUCCCUGUGCUUUUUGGGCUUUGCUUGGCCAAGAGGAGAUACAAAGCCCAUGUGCUGCUCCGAAUUGUGCUGCCUGCCUUGCUGGGACUGCUGUGUGUGGCCGUGCUGGGCAUGUGCUGGGGGCUCAUAGUGUUCUGCAGUACAUGGCUCAGCUGCUCGGUAUACCUGGAUGCAGGGCCACUACCUGUGGGUGACAAAGCCGUGCUCAUCACAGGAAGUGACACUGGGAUUGGACAUGCAUUGGCCAAAUACCUGGAUAACCUGGGGUUCACUGUGUUUGCUGGAGUUUUGAACAAGGAUGGUCCUGGAGCUGAGGAGCUGAGGAGGACCUGUUCCCAGAGGCUCUCUCUCCUACAGAUGGACAUAACCAAUCCCACCCAGGUCAAGGAAGCCUACCUGCAAGUCUCAGAGAAAGUGCAAAACACAGGGCUCUGGGGAGUUGUGAACAACGCAGGCAUCCUGGGCUUCCUUGCUGAUGGUGAGCUGCUGCCCAUGAACACAUACAGGCAGUGCAUGGAGGUGAACUUCUUUGGGGCUGUAGAGGUGUCCAAGACCUUCCUGCCACUACUGCGGAAAUCCCAGGGGAGGCUUGUGAACAUGUCCAGCAUGACAGGAGGCAUUCCGCUACCGAGGUAUGCUGCAUAUGGAGCAUCAAAGGCAGCUCUGUCCAUGUUUUCUGGAGUAAUGAGGCAGGAGCUUUCCAAAUGGGGAAUCAAAGUUGCUGCAAUUCAUCCAUCAGGCUUCAGAACAGGUAUCCAAGGCACUUCAGAGCUGUGGGUGAAGCAGGAGAAAGAGCUGGUGGAGCACCUCUCAGUGGAUGUGCAGCAGGACUAUGGCAGGGACUACCUGCUGGGGCUGAAAAACUACCUGCUGCGUAUCCCUAUGUACUGUGAUGUUGACCUCACCCCGGUGCUGAGCUCCAUCCUGCAUGCACUGCUCGCCAAGCGACCGCACGGCUUGUACACCCCCGGCAAAGGGGCUUAUGUGCUGCUCUGCAUCUUCUGCUACUUCCCACUCUGGUUCUAUGACUUCUUAGUCAGUAAGUCGCUGGGACUUGAGUCCAUCCCAAAGGCGCUGAGGGCAUCAGAAGCUGAGAAUGAGGACCUCUAAGGUAUCUACUGGCAUUUAUCAGAUUUGUGAUCACUGUGGAAAGAACUCUG